UUACUAAAUACAAUAAUGAAUAUGAUAAGAAGAACCUAACAAAUUAAAAUUUUAAAUAAAAGAGUUCAUCUUUAUGAAUUUCAUUUUCGCGACUUUUAGUAUCAUUAUAACUAUCGAAGUCAAAAGGGGAUUAAAGUAUUAAACCAAUUGGCGAUUACAAGCAUAGGUAGUUCAGUAGCUGGUAACUAUGAAAUUGGCCAAUUUUGAAAAUAUUAGUAACACAAUAUAUAAUAAUGUUAGCAUUACAAUAUCGAGAGGUUUUAAAUAAGCAAUAAAUAAAGUGUAACAAUAUAAAAUGCAAUUAUAAGUAGGUAGGUACAUGAUAAAAUAUGUAUCCGACAAAUAACAAAUAGUAACAAUAAUUUUACCGUAAAAAUAAUACAACUGAUAUAUAUAACGCAAAUUGAAUGUAUUUAUCUAUAGUUUGUUCAGCCAAAUAUUAAGGUGCAAUAUUUGAAAAGCACCUAAAAUGUAAACGACAAUAUAAUAUUAUUGAAAUGGUAAUAAUGGGCUUAAGAAAAUGUUUUUUAUGUUUAUUAUUUCAAUCGAGUUUAAUAUAAAGUUUAACAAUAUUUAUAUGCAAACAAAUAAAAACAAACAUUAAUUCAAUUUAACUUAAUAAUAGAUUAGUAGGCAGGUAAUAAAGUUUACUGUGGUUCAAAGAAUAUUAAAAUGGAUGGACGUUCAUUAUGGUAACCUCAAUUUUUUGCAUAUUUAAUCAAUGGUCAAAUUUUGUCAAACUAUAAGAACUAUCAGUUUUUCACGGUUUAUGUGUAUUCUAUAUUCACCCCGAAAUUACAGAACUGGAAAAAUAAAUUAUCGAAAUGACGACUGUUUUCAAAACCACUUUAAGGCCAAUUUUAGUAUUUUGUCAGUUCUUAGGAAUGAUUAACAUUUCUUAUACAUUGCAACCAACGGGAUUAUUAGUCCACGAUACUCAUUCAACAAUCAAUUCAUUCCUUGAAGUAGCACGCAUUUGUUUGUUAUUGACGUUCACCUUCAUACUUUGCGGAUGGAAACUAUUUAGUUUCAUGGAAAUAAUAUUUCUUCUUAAAUUUUGGUCUGUCAUUAUUGCAGCAAGAUUUUCAGAAAUAUGGAUAGUAAAGUAUGAUUACCUAUGUACAUUUUUAUUAUAUGUAUACAAUAAAUAUUUAUUUCAAAUAUUUUUUAAGUUUAAAUUAGGCAUAAAUUCACAAUAAGAGCUUAAUUUCGGUGCAUGAAAAGAUCGUCAAGUGAGACUAGUAGUUAUGGGAUAUACAAUAUACCUACAUGAUAUAUAGGUUAGACCAACUUAUCAUAAUCAUUAGGUUUGUGGAAAUAAAACUUUUUUAUCAUACACUGAAGGUAUAAAUAAAUAAAUGAUAAGUUUCUUUUUAAAUUUUCCUCUAUUUUAUACCAAUCAAAAGGAUAAUUAAUUUGGAUCCUUUUUAGGUGAUUUAUAGAUAUCCAUUCCUAAAUUAGGAUCAAUCCACCUCUGUCCUACUACUUUUUACUUAGUACCUACCUAUGGAAUGGCUGCACUACUGGAAUGCACUACUGCAGUGUUACAGCCACCCUAUAUCAUAUUAUGGUUUUCCGAUUUACGUUAGACGUUCUUGAUUAUACCGACUAUAAUCAUUAUAAAAUUAUACACACACAACUUUAAGGAUGGAAAUAGACCAAAUAGAAUAAUUUUUUAUAAACUAAUUUUUUUUUUUGCAAAAAUGUCAAUAUAAAAAUGAUUAACUAUAGCCUAUAGGUAAUAUUAAAAAUAAUUUGUAUUUUUUUUUUUAAGGCUGGUCAAUGGCAUUAUAGAAUUUGAUGAAAAAGCUGCACUUCUUUCGACAUAUUUGUCUGUACAACAGCGUUCUUUGAGUAAACGAUUUUUAAAUACUGUUUAUAUUUUAUUACUGGUGUACUUUGUUGGAUUUGAACUUUACUACCUGUACUUAUUUACUCCCAAAACAAUAAAUAUUCAUAUAAGCGUACGUUAUUUGUUUACUGUGCCAUAUUUGUUGGACUUUGCUGUUUUAAUUUCAUCAUGUUUUUUUCUCAUUAACUUAAAAAAUAGAUUUCAAACAUUACUAGAUUUUUUAAAAUUUCUUCCUAUUGAAUCCGAUUUUCCUAACGAAUGGACAAAUUCUGAAGUAGCUAUGUCAAUGGAAAAAAUACGUUUGUUACACUCUGAACUCUCUGAACUAUUAAACAUAUUCAGUUUGAGUUACGGUCUAUUGCUUUUAAGUUUCUUUGUAUUCAAUUUUAUAAAUUUAAUGUUCCAACUUUUUUUAUCGAUUUGUUUUGAAAUGCCUCUUUCUGAUGCACCACCAUUCAAAAUAUUCUUAAGAAAAACAUUAACCCUCAUAUUAAAUAUUCAAGUUGUAGUCUUUACGAUGUCCAUUAUUGUUGCUGUCUCGUUGAUACAUGAUGAGGUUAAAAUGUUUAUGCUUCAACUAUCAUUGUUUGAAUUGGAUGAAAUUACCACCUACGGAUUUUUCAAUAUAAAUUUGAAUAUUGUUAUGUCAAUUACAGUGUUAUUUAUAACUGGAUUAAUCACAUUAAUACAAAUGAAAAAUCACACAAUUAUGAUGAAUAUUUACAAUACCUAGUACGUUUACCGCGGUAUCCGGUAUGUUUGAUUUAUAAUCACCAUUCAAUGUAUUCUUAAAUAUUAUUAUUUUAUUAAAUAUAAUUAAAUAAACUAAAUUGUUUUAGAACUUAAGUAGGUAUUGCUGAUAAAUUUAUUUUAUUGUAAUUUUUUGUAGUAUGCAAAAGCCUAUAUAGUAUGUUAAUAAAAAAUAGUACACUUAUAAGUUAUUAUACGCAUAAAAUUAUUCAAUGUAUUAUUAUCUCUAUA